ACCAAAAGAUCCUCAGUUAACUCAAACUCUAAGAAAGAUACCCUCGAAAAGAAAUUGACACCUUUCACUUUUUUGGAGACUGCACCAACUAUAACCAUGGCAAAAGUAACGGGAAGAAGCAGAAGAAGAUCAAGUCCAGCACAGCCUGUUACCGGUAUGGUGAUGUUGUUAAAGGCAGCGUUACUUGUAGUGGCAGCCUCUUUGAUUUUUGGACAGCAUGGCAUUGUUCAAGCCCUGGACAGACCCUCUCCUUCAAUCCACAUGCCAGGUCCUACCCACGUGACAAAAACCACGAAAAGAAGAAGAUCGUCACAACUAGAAAAGUCCACGCUGUUCAAUAUUCCACCUGGAGGAAACCAAAACCAACAAACCGCUGUUCCCAAACAAGGAGCCUAUGGCAAAAUCAAGAUCCACAAAGAACCACUCCUUCUCUCGCUGAUACUCCAUCCCGAUGAAUUCCUCUAUGCCAUCCUUCUUAUAGCCAAAAACAAACUACAACGCAACAACACACCACAAGUAGUACCACCCGAACUGCAGGACGACCUCACCUUUUGCAAUGAAAUUCUAGGAAAGGUAUCACGGAGCUUUGCCACGGUCAUUCGACAAUUGCCCGAGUCGCUACGAAUCGAUGUCGUGAUCUUUUACUUGGUGUUACGAGGACUCGAUACCAUUGAAGAUGAGCCCACAGCCACUAAGAAUAAUAAGGACAAGAUGCAACUUCUCAAAUCCUUUGCUCAAAAGGCACUCUCAUCAACGUCAAAACAAGACAGGUUCCAUGUGGAGGGAGUAGGACACGGAGACGAACGACGACUUCUCGAACAAUUCCCACGCGUCCAAGCCAUCUACCGGCACUGCGUCCUUCCACACUCGCAACAGAUUAUUGCCGAUAUUACACAACGAAUGGGAGCCGGAAUGGCAGAAACAGUGGGAAAAGACUUGACACAGGGCACCACCAAUGAACUACAGUACAACCAGUAUUGCCAUUAUGUGGCAGGGUUGGUGGGGGAAGGAUUGAGUCGACUCUUUGCAGCAUCCCAGUUGGAAGAGUCCUAUUUCGCCAGCGAAUUGUACCUGAGUGAUGAAAUGGGACUCUUUCUGCAAAAGACCAACAUUAUUCGAGACUAUCUGGAAGAUUAUGUCGAAGGAAGAACCUUUUGGCCCCAAACCAUUUGGAUGAAACAUGCCAACCAGAGUCAAGAUUUGGGCUACUUUAUGCAGAACCACAACAGUGACAAUGCCAAACGAUGCCUGCAUGACAUGAUUGCCAAUGCCCUGGAACAUGUCCCGGCAUGUUUGACAUACUUGCGGGGUCUCCAAUGUCCAUCCAUCUUUCGAUUUUGUGCCAUUCCACAAGUCAUGGCGAUGGCCACGUUGGCCAAGUGCUACGACAAUGCCAAUGUCUUUACGGGCGUGGUCAAGAUUCGAAAAGGAUUGUCCGCCAAACUAAUACUCAAGGCCAACACGUUGGAUGGUGUAUAUGCCAUUUUCUAUCAACAGGCCAAAUGGAUGGAGCAAAAGGCACUUAAAAGCAAGAGUGUGGUGGAAAAGGAAGCCUUGUUGGAUGCCAUUGAUAUCAUUUGUGCCAUUACCGAACCAGCCUAUCGACGACAACAACGAGCCAAACUGUGGCCCAUGCUCUUUGUCUCUGCUGUGGUGGCGUGUCAAUUUGUUCCUGGAUUGACAUUGGUGUUGUUGGCAAUGGCACUCGUGAACUAUUACCUUGGUCCGUUUCUAACGGUACCAUAAGAUGCGUUCUAGCUGUUCCCUUCUUCUCGCUCUGACUAUUUUGGGCUCCGGAUAGAAUCACAUGGGCCAAUCGUUUGCUGACAUGUCAUGCGAAGGGAAGAAGUGAUCACCAGAGAGAACUGAUGACGCAAAAACCAACCCAGCUAGCUAGCUAAAUCUAGACUGUAUGUACUAAAAGAAACGUAUUUACCCGUUGCCACCC